AUGUCUUACGGCCAACCGAAUCCAUACGAGCAAGCACCAGCGCAAGAGGCCGGUUACAGCUAUGGUCAGGCCAACCCCUACGCGCAAGAUAGCUAUGAGCUCCAAGAGAAUCCGCAGACGUCUCCUUACCAGAACUCCGGCGCCGCUCCCGGCGCCGCCACCACGACGUCCAACACUCAGCCUCUCUCUCAGCAAGAUUUCCUCAGCCGCGUGCAGUCCCUCCGCAACGACAUCAAUCGCCUGACGGGUGACAUUGAGACCAUUGGGCAGCUACACCAGCGCUCACUCGGCGCCGCCGACCCCCAGGCUGACCAGCAGCUCGAGCACUACGUCGCCCAGACCCAGAUUCGCAACACGGCCAUCAAGGACGGCAUCAAGGGCCUCGAGCGCGACCUCGCCCGCACCUCGGAUGCCACCCGCAAGACUAAGCAGACCCAGCUGCAGUCCCUCAAGACAUUUUUCAAGUCGGAGCUCGACUCGUACCAGAGCAUCGAACGCGAGUACAGGCAAAAGUACAGGGAGCAGAUCGCCAGACAGUACCGCAUCGUCAACCCGGAGGCGUCGGAGCAAGAGGUCCAGGAGGCCACCGAGGCCGAUUGGGGCAAUGAGGGUGUUUUCCAAACUGCCCUCCGCACAAAUCGUUCCGGCCACGCCUCAUCCGUCCUCGGCAACGUCCGCGCCCGCCACAAUGAGCUGCAGCGCAUUGAACAGACCCUCACCGAGCUCGCCGUCCUGUACCAGGAGCUGGCCACCAUGGUCGAGCAGCAGGAGACGAUCAUUGUCGACGCCGAGAACAAGGGUCAGGACGUCGUUGACAACCUCGAGUCGGGCAACCAGCAAGUCAGCCAAGCCAAUAAGAGCGCUCGCAACCGCCGCAAGCUCAAGUGGUGGUGCCUGUUUAUCGUUGUCCUCAUCAUCAUUGCCGCCGUUUUGGGCAUUGCCUUGGGCAUCACCCUAACUAAAAAUGCGACGAGGACGUGA